UUAUCGAUUGGUUCAACGACGACAAAGCUGUCAAAUUCGACGUCGUUUGCAAAGCAUCAUGCCGUAGUUGGCACAAACACCCAUGCCUCAUUUCAUGUUUACCCACAGCGACGUCCGAUCGUUUUCAAAAGAGAAGACAUGCAGUUGUUGACAUUGAUGAAACAAUCAAUUCAUGACAAUCUGAAUCCUUUCCUUGGUAUGUCGUUCAAUGAGAAAGAUGAAAUGGUCUUACUGUGGAAGUUCUGCUCUCGUGGUACGGUCCAGGAUAUUAUCUACAACAAGGACAUGGUGUUGGACGCAAAAUUCCAUGGCGCUUUCGUCAGAGACAUCACACUGGUGAGUUGA